GGUGUUGAGCACUUACUUCUUGAGACCAGUGGGUGCGUUGUAGUUGUCACCCAACAGGAACUCAUCGUCAACGGGGCUGUCGUCGUAGCGAGUAGCGCCCGUGAGACCACUGGGGGUGCGGCUGCGGCCACGCUCGCCGUCCAUCUUGGCACCGAGACCAGCGCUGGAGCCGGGGCGGCUGGGAUUGGGGCUUCUUGA